AUGACGACUCCUCAAGACAACACCAUCUUCUUCGUCGGCAUGGGCCCGGCCCCCUCCUCGCCGUCCACCAUCAUCGUGUUCACGCCCAGCAGCACCACCACCAACAACAACCAGUCGGCUGGUCCGACUACCACUGGUGGUCCGGUCUACACGCCGGCGGCGUCGUCGCUCUCGACCACCACCACCAGCCGCAAGCGCAAGCUGGCCGCCGCCUUCGGCGACGACAAGCAGUACCGUCCCACCAGCUGGCCUGGUGCCAAUGCUCCCGCCGCUGCCGCUGCCGCCACCGCCACCACCGCCGUUGCUGUUGCUGCUGCCGCCGCCCAGGAGGGCUUCCCUCUGCCCAAGCGCCGCCGCCGCCACGCCCACGCCCGCGCCCGCCCCUCCGCCCGCCCCACGUCCGCUGCCUCCUGCUUCGCCGACGUCGACGAGGCGGCGCGCGGCGGCCCGCUGGGCUUCGCGCGCCUGAUGGCCGGCCUGCCCGGUGGCUUCGAGGGCCACCGCUCGCGCACCCGCGGCCCCGACGGCGGUUCUGGCGUCGUUUUGGGAGUGGUGAGGGGCCUGCCCGGCGCUCCUCCUGCCGUCGGCCCCGCGGGAGGCCUGGUCUUCCGCAUGUGGCCGGGCAGGGAGAUCAGGUUGGGGGAGAGGGGACGGAGGACGGGCGGUGUCCCCGCCCCGUUGGAGUGGUUGGUGAGGGAGAGGGAGGGGAGGGAGAGGGUGGAGAGGGAGGCGGACGAGUUUUUGGCGGGGUUGGAGGCCCUCGAGGAGGGCGGGAGAAGGGAGGAGGAGGGGGAGCAGGGGGAGGGGGACGAGAACUGGGAGUGGGUGGGAGAGUGGAGGGAGGAGACGGUGGCGGAGGGGGAGAGGAUGAGGAGGGAGUGGGAGAGGGUUCGGGAGCGCGUCCCGAACUGGGCUGAGGCCCUGGCUGCGUACCGUUGA